AUGGCCGGUGAACCCCAGCAAAAGCGGCGCAGACUCCCUUUCAAGCCUCCAAGCCGCACCUCAAGCGCUGGACCAUCCGCAAUACCACCGGCUGCCAAAGACAAGGGCAAAGACAAGGGCAAAGCCAAGGAGAGCACCGCCAAACCCACAUCUAAAGCUACAUCAACAUCCACAUCCAAAACCCAGCCCACGAUUUCCUCUUCCAUGGCCACAUCUAGCAAAAGACCCCACGAUGAUACCCUCAGCGCAUUACCCGCAACCCCGUCCGACUUCGCGUCCGACUCCGAGUCCGAGACACCAGUCGGCGAACGCGAGCGGCCCCUCUCCGAAGAACCGGAUUACAUGCUUGCAGAAAUCACACACCGGACACCACAGGAAAAUAUUGCGAUGGGGACACCACAAAUUCAUCCUAAGCUGUUGACGGCCCUUUUCCAUCAUUUUUUCAAAAAUGACAAAACUCGUAUCUCGAAGGAUGCUGAUGCUCUGAUGGCGAAGUAUAUGGAUCUCUUUGUGAGGGAGGCCAUUGCGCGUGGCAAGCUAGAGAGGGAUUUGGUUAAUGAGAGUAAGGGCCGGACGGGCCCUGCGGAUAACUUUAUUGAGGUCGAGGACCUGGAGACAUUGGCACCGUGGCUUGUCAUGGAUUUCUAA